AUGGAGAAAAUAUCAGAUAAAAUUGCAGCUCUUCCUGAAGAUGCAAAUUUCUUCUCUUUGGAGUUUUUCCCUCCAAAGACGCAAAUGGGCUCAUCGAAUCUCCAAGCUCGAUUAGAGCGUAUGUCCCAGGCCCUUCGACCGCUUUUUGUAACCGUGACAUGGGGUGCUGGUGGAAGCACCGCUUCGAAAUCCCUCGAGCUUGCGGAAAUAUGCCAGAGGCAAUUGGGGUUGACAACAUGCUUGCAUUUGACGUGCACGAACAUGAAUAGAGCGCUGAUUGACGAUGCAUUGGACGAGGCGAAGGCUCUGGGCAUUCGGAAUAUCCUAGCGUUACGAGGUGAUCCGCCGCGGAGUGAUGAAUACAAUCUUGCUGGAGAGGAUGACAGCAACAAAGACUUUACGUACGCGAUUGAUUUGGUGCGACAUAUACGCAGGAAGCAUGGAGAUUAUUUCUGCAUUGGCGUGGCGGCCUAUCCCGAAGGCCAUGCUGAUGAAUCUCACCCCGAGAUUCAGGACCCCGUCAGAGACUUGCCCUAUCUCAUUGAUAAGACCAAGGCUGGCGCUGAUUUCAUCAUGACGCAGCUGACUUACGAUAUUGUUGCUUAUAAAAAGUUCGAAUCCAUGUUGCGGAAUCACGAGUCUGGAGUGUUCAAGACUAUUCCGAUUAUACCUGGGCUCAUGCCUAUUCAGAGUUAUUCUAGACUAACGAGAAUUACAAAAUUAAGCCAUGCCUGUGUCCCGCCGGAAAUAUUAGCCCGAAUUGAGAAAUGCAAGAUGGACGAUGAGGCUGUCAAACGAGUUGGCGUUGACGUUGUCAGUGAACUGGUUGACGAAAUCAAGACCAUCUCAUGCCCAGGUCCUCGCGGUUUGCACUUUUUCACUUUGAAUUUAGAAAAGUCUGUGUCAUUUAUUCUCGAGAGAUGCAACUUGAUACCAAGCUCGUCAGAGCCUUCAAGCGAUACGGAAUCAGAAUCGGCGGUCUAUGCCAUGCACAAGAACCUAACAGCACCGGCUGGCAAAGCAGCUUUCGUGUCAAGACGUCGGGCGUCGUCAUUGAAUUCUCAACCGUAUAACCGCGUGAUUAUUGAUCGGGCUGAUAUGUCCUCUCAGAGUUCUACCACCCAUGAAACGUCUGCUCAGGGUGCUGGGAUGCCGGCACUCAACCCUCCUCCUCGCAAUACCACUCUGCUGAUAUCUGAAGGGAUGGGCGCACUUGGGCGUGAAGCUACCUGGGACGACUUUCCUAACGGCCGCUGGGGUGAUGCUCGUUCUCCUGCGUUUGGUGAGAUAGAUGGAUAUGGCCCAUCAUUACAUGUCACAGCCAACGUAGCACGUCGAUUAUGGGGUUUUCCAACCUCUCGUGAAGAUAUAAAUCAGAUCUUCCGGCGGCAUGUUUCCGGUGCGCUUCAUGCGGUGCCUUGGUCUGAGGGAGGUGCAGCAGAAGAGUCGGGCGGUUUAAACCCAGAAACGGCCACAAUUCGCCCAUACCUACUUGAUCUUAUUGACAAACGGGGUUGGUGGACGCUUGCUUCACAGCCUGCAGUUAAUGGCGUUCGCAGUGACGACACAACCUUUGGCUGGGGUCCUCCUGGCGAAGGAUUCGUCUUUCAAAAAGCAUUCGUUGAGUUUUUCUGCUCUAGCAAUGACUAUCGUUCAUACCUGAAGCCCCUACUUCAACGCUAUGGCCACGACGAAUUCGCAUGGUUUGCGACCAACGCGGCUGGUGACUUUGAAGCCUCAACCCCUCCUUCAGCGCACAGCCCUACAGAACCUGUCGACGCGGGCUUUGAAGACCCCAGCAGCCCUGCGGCUUCGAAUCCAGGCGGCGUUAACGCGGUAACUUGGGGUGUGUUCCGCGGAAAAGAAAUUAUCACACCCACUAUUAUCGAAGAAGUGAGUUUCCGGGCCUGGGGAGAAGAGGCAUUCCGCAUAUGGGAUGAAUGGCGACGGAUCUUCGCCCGAGGCAGCCCGACCGAAAAGCUGCUGGCUCAGACGAAGGAGGACGUAUGGCUGGUCUGUGUUGUCGGUCAGCGUUUUGGUGCUGGAGGUGAGCCCGGUAAGGAUGCUACGGAUGAAGGAAAGCUUCUAUGGAAAAUUCUAGCCGGGGAGAAUGUCGCGUUGGAAUCAUAG